AUCGGGAGAAUGUAAUGCAAGAGCCGAAACAAAAAAAGCGGAGGAGUAGAAGAAAGUUGAUAAGUAGCAAAGACCGCUUUUCAAUUGAAAAAUCAUUUUGAUGAUCCUAUAUGAGGACGCGAACGAGCAAUGCGGGUGAUCAGCCAACCUCUUCUUCAUCAAGGACGGCAGAAGUCGAGGGAGGAAGAAGUGUCGGCGUGAGGACGUUAAAGAAAUCGAAUCAUGGCCAACAUGCAGAUCGUUCCGGCUUGCAAGAACGAUGUGGAGGCUCAGUACGUGGAGAUGAUGGUGCCUCUGUACUCUUAUGGUUGCGAGAAGAAGAUAAAGAAGGCGUUGUCCCAUAGAAAGGGAAUAUACUCGGUGAACGUGGACUACAACCAGCAGAAGGUGACGGUGUGGGGGAUCUGCAACAAGCACGACGUGCUGGAGACCAUGAGGGCCAAGAGGAAAGAAGCUCGUUUCUGGAACCCUGAAGACGGCACCAGCACUCCGGAUUUAGCUGGCGAAGAAGACGGCUCGCGAUCUCGCGAGGGCACCGGCGGCGUUAAGCGUCUGGCCAAGUCGAGGUCGUCUCUGAGCUGGAGAGCGUGGAAGAGAGUCUUCGCGAGAUCCAAUUCCUUUUAAGGGCACACCAAAUCAAACCAUGAACAUGCUUAUGAUCUUGAUUACGUGUUGAUGGGGACUUAAAUGGUUCCUUCCUGUCGUGCCACUGCUAUGACAGCGAGAAUGAAUGUAAAUUCGAGCCGGUCCGCCUUUCGAGUUCUCGGUCUCGGCCCCCUCCAAACUCGAUCACUUAGCCUUGGUGCCGUUUAAUUCUAAUAUGUAGGUGCUGAAUUGGCU